GUGACGGUGGCGGCGCAGCAACAAUAGGAAACAGCAAGAGGACUGGACACCAGGAAGACGCAGCCAGAGGCGGUGCUGUCAGGCCCGUGCAGGGUGGCCAGCGAGAAGGCUCCGCUAGGCACGGCCUGCGCCUGCCGGAGACCAGGCAAAGAUGAAGCCGGGCAGCUGUAGCGGGAGGGACUCCGAUUGAGCAACAGGAAGGACUUGGACUUGAGACGCACCGGGUGCAGAUUCCACGUUGACCUCCCUGGUUCAGGAAGCAGCAGCGGAGCUCAGGAGGUGUCUCUAGGGCAGGAUGGCCCAGGACCUCAGCGAGAAGGAGCUACUGAAGAUGGAGGUGGAGCAGCUGCGGAAGGAGGUGCAGAACCCCAGAGCUCCGAUUUCCAAGACAGGCAAGGACAUCAGGGAAUACGUGGAGGCCCAAGCUGGAAACGACCCCCUUCUCAAAGGCAUCCCUGAGGACAGGAAUCCCUUCAAGGAGAAAGGCACCUGUCGGAUAAGCUGACAGCCUGGACGCCCUCAGCCUGAGUGUCCCUCCUCAGCCAGGCCCAAGUGUCCUGGGACACCCAGGGGACCCGUGAAUUUGCUCCCUCUGUCGGUCCCAGAAGGCACUGCGCAUCUG